GCAGUGGGGUGGAGCCAAAUUCCUGACAUAGCCAUGCCAGAGGGGACAGGGCCCUGCCUAUGCCACUGCAGCUCUUGAGUGGUUGAAGGUUUUGCAGGCCUGCAUGCAUGGUAUGGCUCUGCAGAGCCAGCUGCAGCCUUUGAACCUACUCUCAACAAGCAAGCGCCCUUCCAGCUGUUGUUUUCAGGGGUUCCUGUUUGUGGUAAUCGCAGUAGGAGGCACUGCACUGCUACAAAGUGACUUGUCUCUGGGAACAUGCAGCCUUUAUUUCCCAGCUUCUUUAAGGACCUUUCUUCUCAGCAAGCCUCUUCCAGUUGGAGUCUGGUCUGGAGGAUCAAAAGCAGCUGCUUUGUGUCUGUUCCUUUUCCUUCCCUGUGCAAAAUGCAGCUUUCACAAGUGUCUGCCACUGACAUCCAGGCUGUUCAGGACUCAGUCCUGGGCCCAUAUCACUGGGACAGCAGAAAUCCUAUGGUGGGGCUAGACACUAGUGCUUUAUCCCCCUGAAAAGCUUGAGAGCUAGGUUCCCCCAGGUACCUAGGCUUGCUUGUCACCAUGGCCACUUUACAGGCCUUAGACCCGACACAUCACCUUGUUUGACUUCUUAUGCUCUUUACUUCCUGCCUUGUUUGCUGCUUGAAUUUGGCAGCUGCUGUCACAAGCUUUAUCCCCAGUGUGCAGUUCUGCUGCACUGUCACUCUAGCCAUCUGUGCUAAAAACCCAUUGUAGUUGAUGCAGGAGAGGAAUCAGGGAGAAUGUGCUCUCUGAGACCCACCCCUCUAAUUAGUUGGGGCUGAAAAACUUUGGUACUAGCAUACCCAGGAUGGCAGAAGGGUCCUGGCCUAGUAACCAGAAAGACAGCAGCCCUGGUGCUGUGCAAGUGACACAGCAGUUGGCAGCCCUGGCAGUCUUAAUGCAUGCAUGAUGUAGCUUUUGCGGGGAGCUCCCAGCAGCAUCUGUGUGUUACCUGGAGGCUUCAGUGCACUUGGCUUAGAAAAUCACAGCCUGGUUCUUUGGCAUGACUCCUGCAGUCCUCAAAUAUGCUGUAUAAGGUGUUCUUCAAGCUGAAGGUGCCUGCAGAUGCUCCCUGGGAUGCCUUGUACAUGAUUGACAUGGUGGGUCCAGCACAGCAUCACUGUGCUGAGAGCUGGUUUGUGGUUAUACAUGGGGGAAGUUUAAUAACUAGUAUUUUCAUCCAUGGAAGUCUGGGUGCUUUGAAGGAGUGAGUCAGCACCAAACCCUGCUUUCUCAGGUAGGAAGCUGAGGCACGAAGAGGGGAAGGUCUCUCUGGAAUGCAGGUCUCUUCACGACAGCCCACUUGGCAAUGCUGCCUCUCUCCCAGUCAGGCUGCAUGGCUGGAGUUGGUUCCUGGCAGUGCCAUCACCUGAGUUGUGGCAUAGACCCCCUGUGCUUAUGAGAGGGCUGCCUCUAGUCUGUCCCCUGGACCAUGGCCUUGCUCAGGCUGCCAGGAACAGGUCUUUUCCAUCUCUGGCUUUGGCAGCUCUUGCUCAGAUGCACCCUCUUGUUUCUCUUGGUCUUUCAGAUUCAGCUUCCAGGAUGCAGGCAGAUUCCAUUCUCCACAGCGGCUACUUCCACCCCAUUCUGCGCUCCUGGCAGACCACAGCCACUGCCUUUGAUGCAUCUAACCUCAUCUACCCCAUCUUUGUCACUGACAACCCUGAUGCAGAGGAGCCGAUCGCCAGCCUCCCUGGACAAGCCAGGUAUGGAGUCAACAGGCUGGAGGGGAUGCUGCGCCCCCUGGUGGAGGAUGGUCUGAAGUGUGUGCUGAUCUUUGGUGUGCCCAGUAAAGUCCCCAAGGAUGGAAGAGGCUCCGCUGCUGACUCCAAAGACAUGCCAGCCAUCCAGGCCAUCAAGAAGAUCCGCUCCUCCUUCCCAGAGCUGCUGAUUGCUUGCGAUGUCUGCCUGUGCCCCUACACCUCACACGGGCAUUGUGGCAUCCUGCGGGAGGAUGGCACCAUCCAGAAUGAGGCCAGCUGCCAGAGGCUGGCAGAAGUGUCACUGGCCUACGCCAAGGCAGGAUGCCACAUCGUGGCCCCCUCAGAUAUGAUGGAUGGACGCAUUGCAUCCAUAAAACAUGCCCUGAUCUCCAAUGACAUGGGCAAUAAGGUCUGUGUGAUGAGCUACAGUGCCAAGUUUGCUUCCUGCUUCUAUGGUCCCUUCAGAGAUGCUGCCCAGUCCAAACCUGCCUUUGGAGACCGGCGAUGUUACCAGCUUCCUCCAGGUGCCAGGGGCCUGGCCCUGCGAGCUGUGGACCGGGACGUGAGGGAGGGAGCAGACAUGCUGAUGGUAAAGCCAGGGAUGCCCUACCUGGAUAUUGUGGGAGAAGUCAAAGCCAGGCAUCAUGCCCACCCACUGGCAGUUUACCAUGUAUCUGGGGAGUUCGCUAUGCUGUGGCAUGGAGCAAAGGCUGGUGCCUUUGACCUAAAGGCUGCUGUGAUGGAGGUGAUGAGAGGGUUCAGGCGAGCAGGGGCUGACAUCAUCAUUACCUACUUCGUGCCCCAGCUGCUGAAGUGGCUGAAGGAGCAAGAGGCAUGAAGUGCUUCAAUAACAGGAAGUUAUUGAACAAGUAGAAGGAAACCUGCAAGGGUUUGAAAAGACUGUGAACCAAACAAGAUUCCUGUGGGGUCUUAAACUUAGAGCCAAAUUCAGCUCUAGCAUGAGCAGACACAAUGCCAUCAAUGACAUGGGCACUGCAGCCUCAGAUUCAGGCUGACUUUGGCCCAAAGACACCAACAGAAACUAGUUUUUACAAAAUGUUAUUUUAAAUUUGGGCUUUAAGGCUGAGACCCUCACAGGGCAGCAAAAGGCAUCUGGGGCCAGAGCUGAUCCCUCCAGCAACCUGCUUUUAGAGAGAAACCUAAUUUAUAUGAUGAUCUAUUUUAAGGUGGGGCAUACUAAAUUUCCCAGCUGCUACAGGAUUCUUGGUGGAGGAGGGACCUAUUUCUUACUGCUCCCCUCAGCUAGAGCCACAUCCUUCCCAACCCAGCCUGGCUGUUGCUAACACAGUGGGAGCCUAAUGCGGGGGAUUUGGCUUGCAAAGAAUAUUGACCUGCUUGGCUCCUUGGGUGUCUCUCAGGCUUUCCUUGGAAUUUUUCCCCCUCCAGUACACUAAGCAAAACAAGCAAUCUCUUUGUUGCAGCCCUCAGCUUUGUGCCCCAUGUCGCAUCAGCCGUUUGCUUUGUGGAGUCUCUUGUGCUGUCCCUUUUGUAAACACGCUGCUGUUUUAAACGUUUAAAUACUUAAACAACCCAAGCACCUUCAGAGCUGGAGGGGGACGUGCCCCCUCCAGAGCACUUGUGCCUUGUGGUCAUUGUGGGGGGUAGAGAAUACAGUGUAGGUUCUCAGCAGUGGCCUUGCUGAAUUUAGGGUGACAGGGUAUGGGGGGCUGGGCAAUGAAUGGCUUCAUGGGCUUCAAGAAUCAAAUGUCCUUUGUAAGGAGCCUGCUGCAUGUUCUAACUAAUGCUCCUUUGGUCUGUCUUAGCCCUGGGCACCCAAACGCCUAGCUCCCAGCACUAAAUCUCAGUUCUGGCCUUCAGUUCCGUGAGCUGUCGCCUUGUAUUAUCAAAACAAUCAUUUUCUAAAAUGUUUCUUUGCUUUUCACUAGAAUUUUAAAAUAACAAUUUUUGACCCA